UGCCUUUUCCUAGAAGGAAGAGGAGAAAAAUGACCAAGUUCCAGGAGGUGGUGACAUUCAAGGACGUGGCUGUGGUCUUCAAUGAGGAGGAGUUGGGGCUGCUGGAUUCUGCCCAGAGGAAGAUGUACCGAGAUGUGAUGCUGGAGAACUUCAGGAAUCUAGUCUCAGUCGGACAUCAGUCCUUCAAACCAGAUAUGAUAUCUCAGUUGGAGAGAGAGGAAAACCUUUGGAUGAAGGAGCUCCAAACCCAAAGAGGAGACAGGAAUCAAAACAAGAUGGAGACCUUUCAUGAAGCAGGAUUAAGGUGCCUUUCACUGGGAGACCUUUCAUGCUGGCAAAUCAGGAGACAUGUUGUGAAUAAAUUAAUUGGAAGUCAAGACUCCAUGAUAAAUAUUCAAGGAAAGAGUUCUCAGAUCCCCAAGCAACGUGAUUCUCCCUGCCAGGUGGGAGCAGGGGAAUCCAUUCAGCCUUCUGUAGAUGACAGCUGUGUAGUGAAUCUUAUAGGGGAUCAUUCCAAUGUUAUUGAAAAUCAAGAAUUUCCAACUAUGAGAGCUCAAAAUUCUUGGAGUAAACUAUAUCUGAACGAGACACAGAAUUAUCAGAGAAGUUGUAAGCAGACUCAGAUGAAAAACAACUUAUGUGUAUUUGCUCCAUGUGUUGACAUUUUCAGUAGCAUUUCACACUACUGUGAUGAUAAUAUACUGCACAAAAGAGAUAAAGCCCACAGCAACAAUGAUUGUUAUAAAGACAUCUUGAAGGUAUCACCUCUUACCCAGCAUAGUAUUCACACGGGACAGAAAACCUACCAGUGUAAUGAAUGUGAAAAAGCUUUCCGUGAUAGCUCCAGUUUUGAACUUCAUCAGCAGGUACACUUGGGAAAGAAGUCCCCUACAUGUCCUAUACACGAGAAGGAUACCAGUUAUAGCUCUUGUAUUCCUGUUCAACAAAACGUUCGCACAGGAAAAAAACGCUAUUGGUGUCAUGAAUGUGGUAAGGGUUUCAGUCAGAGCUCAAAUCUGCAAACUCACCAGAGAGUCCACACAGGGGAAAAACCCUAUACAUGCCAUGAGUGUGGUAAGAGCUUUAAUCAGAGCUCACAUCUUUAUGCUCAUUUGCCUAUUCACACGGGAGAGAAGCCCUACAGAUGUGACAGCUGUGGAAAAGGCUUCAGUCGUAGCACAGAUCUUAACAUUCAUUGCAGAGUUCACACCGGAGAGAAACCUUAUAAAUGUGAGGUGUGUGGCAAGGGCUUCACUCAGAGAUCACAUCUUCAGGCCCAUGAAAGAAUCCACACUGGAGAGAAACCAUAUAAAUGUGGGGAUUGUGGUAAACGCUUUAGUUGUAGCUCAAAUCUUCAUACCCACCAGAGAGUCCACACGGAAGAGAAGCCAUACAGAUGUGAGGAGUGUGGGAAGUGCUUCAGUCUGAGCUUCAAUCUUCACAGUCAUCAGCGAGUCCACACAGGGGAGAAACCGUACAAAUGUGAGGAGUGCGGUAAAGGUUUCAGCUCAGCCUCGAGUUUCCAGAGCCAUCAGAGGGUCCACACAGGAGAGAAACCAUUUCGAUGCAAUGUGUGUGGGAAGGGCUUCAGUCAGAGUUCGUAUUUUCAAGCCCAUCAGCGAGUCCACACCGGAGAAAAACCGUACAAAUGUGACGUGUGUGGGAAGCGCUUCAACUGGAGCUUGAAUCUUAACAACCAUCAGAGGGUCCACACAGGAGAGAAGCCCUAUAAAUGUGAGGAGUGUGGGAAGGGCUUCAGUCAGGCCUCAAAUCUUCAGGCCCAUCAGAGUGUCCACACUGGGGAAAAGCCAUUCAAAUGUGAAGCAUGUCAGAAGCGAUUCAGUCAGGCCUCACACCUGCAAGCCCAUCAGAGAGUCCACACUGGAGAGAAACCAUAUAAGUGUGAUACGUGUGGUAAGGCCUUCAGCCAGAGGUCAAAUCUUCAAGUCCACCAGAUCAUUCACACUGGAGAGAAACCAUUCAGAUGUGAGGAGUGUGGGAAAGAAUUCAGUUGGAGUGCCGGCCUCAGUGCUCACCAGCGGGUCCACACGGGAGAGAAACCCUAUACCUGUCAGCAGUGUGGGAAGGGCUUCAGUCAGGCCUCACAUUUUCACACACAUCAGCGGGUCCACACUGGAGAGAGGCCUUACAUAUGUGAUGUCUGUUGUAAGGGCUUCAGUCAGAGGUCACAUCUCGUCUACCAUCAGAGGGUCCACACCGGAGGGAAUCUGUAGAAAUGUGAGGGGUGCUGAAGCCUUCCGUGAGAUCACAUCUUCCUCUUUAGAAAACCCACGCUGAUGAUCGUGGAAAGUUCCUUCAGAACUCAGGAUGUUCAGAGAGUCUUCAUGGGAAAGACGCUCUCUGAAAUGCUCUGGUUUAAGGACUCAGUUGGGAGGUAAAUUCUUUACCAAACCUUAGAUUUCACAGAGGAGAGAAAACUGUUUGUUCUAUAAAUAUGAUCAUUAUUUAUACAACAGCUGUAAAGUGUCCCAGUUCUCAAGAUGUGACACAGCAGAAGAAUCUUGACAUUCCAGGAGAAAGAGGCCUUAGAAAUGAAGAUUAUUGGCAGGACUUCAGCAAAAGUUUAAUGAUUAACAAAACUGACAUCAACUAAAAUGUAACCUCCACGUAGGGAAACGUUUUUCACCACUGUAUCUCUACCCUGUAGAACUGUGCAUCCUAAAGGGUGCAGCAAUCACUGAAGAAAGUGGAGAAAAAUCCCUAUAAUUAGGACAGAUAUUUGAAAAUUCUAGUCAGUUUCCUAACCUAAAUUCGUGUUAAUUUAUAUUCAAAUGGAGUCCUGCAAGUAGCCUUAAUAACAUUAGUUUUAAAAUAUAUUAAAGUGCAAAAAAUCAUGUAAUACUGCCAUCCACUUUAAUACAAACUCAGCCAAAGACUUGUGAAUGGCACCCAUCCUUCAUACAGCCUCAGUUCCUUGUACAUUCUAUCAUCAAAUGUGUACAUUGUUAUAUUUAGCAUCAUUGGUUUUACUUUAUAUA